AUGGAUCUGGAGGAGAAGAUAACGAAGAGGUUGGAAGGAGGGAAGUUCAGGAUGCUGAAUGACAAGAUGUACCACGGGAAGGGGUUGAGGAAGGGGGACCUGAGGCUUUACCACGAGCUGUACAACCUGCAAGUCAUGAAAUGGCCUGUCAAUCCCCUUGAUGUGAUAAUUGAGAAGAUAAAGAGGAGAGAAGGCAACGGGGUGAUAGCAGACAUUGGGUGCGGAGAAGCAAGGAUCGCCAGAGAGUUCGAAAAUGUGAUUUCCCUGGAUCUCCACCCUGUUGGGAAGGAUGUGAUACCCUGUGAUAUGCGGCGAAGGAUUCCUCUGGACGAUGGCAGUGUGGAUGUUGCCGUUUGCUGCUUGAGCAUGAUGGUUGAGGAUAUUGCAGUUCCCACGAAGGAGAUCAAUCGGAUACUGAGAAACGGAGGACACUGGUACAUUGCAGAGGUCCGGAGCAGGAUACCCAGUGUAGGCCUCUUGGAAAGGAAGUUUGAGAGCCUCGGGUUUGAUGUCGAGCAUGUUGAUGUGUCGAAUGCACAGUUUGUCCUGUUUGUUCUCCAGAAGACCUCGCGCAAGGCCCCAAAACGGCUCCCUCGGAUCAAGCUGGUGCCGCGGGUGUACAAGAAGAGAUGA